UGACAUGUUGUUGUACCGGUGAGAAGUCCGAAAGCGUGUUGAACCAAAAAAUCAUGGUACAGGAUACGAAAACAAUGGAAAAUUCGCUUAAUUUGCGGCGUAUGAUAUGUGAAACGAACAUACUUUCACGUUCCGACUGUUCGGCAGCAUUGUCACAAGGAGCCACACAGGUGAUGGUGGCUGCAAAUGGUCCCGCCGAGGUAAAGCUACGGAAUGCCGAAUCGGAAAAUUGCCACAUAGAGGUGCAGUACCGGCCGAACGCGGGACAGGAAGACAUACAGCAUCGCUUGAUGGAAAGUCUCAUAAAACGUUCGUUCGUUCGCGUUGUAGCGACUCCCGCAUUCUGUCACAGUACCGUUUACGUUCAUGUCCAGGAGAUGACCGACAAGGGUGGGUUACUGGCUUGUUCGAUCAAUGCGACCUGUUUGGCUUUGAUAACAAGUGGCAUCGAGCUUAACUUUACGGUAGCAGCCGUACACUGCAUCAUGACCGAGGAUGGUGUAAUGAUUCUGGAUCCCGACCAUAAACAAAUGAAGCAGGCACACAGUUCGUUCACGUUUGUGUUCGAUAGCAUUACGAAGAAUACGGUCACAUCGUACGUGCAUGGUAGCUUUACGUUUGAAGAGUAUGAAAAGGUGGUAGGCGUAUGUAGAGAAGCAGUGGAUAAGAUAUUCAACUUCUAUCGCAAAGUUUCGCAAAACAUUACGAAAGUUGUAACGGAUGAUAGUUAAUACACGGUACGAUGAAUAGGGUAAAUGUUUUACAACUUUCAAGAUCCGUUGCUUUGGCUGGAUGCAAUAGUUCAGCAUUUACUUUUAAGUAAUAUUCUAAGAUACAUACCAUAAGUCGCUCUAUAUCCAUAUGCCUUGUUUUGUAAAAGUUAGAGCUAUUCAGCCAUGUAUAUCCGUAUAGUCAGUCCUUCAGACAAACACCUUUGACUGUCCUUUGACAAGCACUACUCAACCAAACCGCUAAAUCACAGUAGGCAUUGACAUCGAACGAUUUGAAAUGCAAUUGAAGCAAUCAUUGAAUUUUUGGGUAUAAAAGUAGACUGAAUCGUGUUUGAGAGAUUAGUCUUUUGUUACACCUAAAGAACAACAGUGAAAUAGUGAGUUGAAGUGGUGGUAUCUCGUAAUAUAGUGGUGAAAAGUGAAAAAAUAAUAAGCAGAACACUGGAAUGGAAGUAGCAGCAAA